AUGAUAGCACCUCAAAAUCCAAUCGCUAGAGCCAUCUGGGAUGGUGCUUUGCUAAUUAAAUUUUCUCUAGAUAAUAACAAGGCUGAAGCAUUAGGUGUAAAAACAAUUGAACCUUAUUUUAUAGAAGCACCUCGUUGUUCAUACUUCCCAUUAUUAACAAGUGCAAUAAGAAAAUACUUUUGUGAUAUGGCGAUGAAUUUUAUUGUUGACGAUGCAGAAAUAUGGCAUUAUCCAAUCGGACUACUAUUCGAUUUACAUACAGGAUAUAGACCAGAUUCAAAUAUAAUACAAGAAUCAAUCUCUCCUUUAAGCGAAAAUGGUAAUCAACUUACACUUGGAAAUGUAUUACACCAAAUUCUUCCAGACUUUUUUCCAUCAUCUUCACCACCACCUAUAUCAAAUGAGAGUUCUUUUGCUGCACCUAUUAUUCAUGGUAUAAUCCCACAAUUAGAUAUUCCAAUAGUAUGA